AUGGCGCUCAGGCUCUCCCUCGCCUCGCCAGCAGCUGCACCCGCGGCCGCCACAUGCCGCUGCAGCAGCGCAAGCUUCCUCCGGCCUCACCGGAGCAGGAGGCCGCGCGGCUGCGUGGUGGCGAUGGCCGACCUGCUGGGCGACCUUGGCGCGCGCGACCCCUUUCCGGAGGAGAUCGAGAGCCAGUUUGGGGAGAAGGUGCUGGGCAACGUGGACACGCUCCACCAGAUCCUCAUCCCCACCCUCUCCGCGCUCUCCCUGGCAAGCCUGCCUCUGCAGCCCAACGCGGAGCCGCUCUCCCUCGACGACGCGCGCAGGCUCCUCUUCAAGGUCGUCGGCUGGAGGCUGGUCCUCUCCGACGGCGAAGGCGACGAGCAGCGGCCCGUGCGGCUGCAGUGCGUCUGGAAGGUGCGCGACGAGCACUGCGGCCAGGAGCUCAUCGCCAGGAUCAACGCCGCGCUCGACGGCGCCGACCACGCCCCGGCGGCCCUGGUGUUCGAGGCCCCCAACCAGGUGACAGCCGAGCUCUCCACGCCCUCUGCCGCGGGCGACAGCCUCACCGUCAACGACUACAUCGUCGCCGCCAGGAUAGAUAAAGUCAAGACGCUCGAUCUUAUCCCAAAGAAGCGAGCGUGGGCAUAA